AUGUCUCUUUUCCGAAACCUCUUCCGCUCACACAAGCAAGAAGCAGAUGCACCUGCUCGGCCCCGUCUUCCUUGGCUGCGUUGCUCCCAGUCAGCUACAGAUGUCCUGGGUGCGCAUCUCCAGCGCAUCCCAGGCGCUGCAGUUUGGCCUCGAGGUGACGAGACCGGUGCUUUUGCAAGUGGUCGGAGUACACCUACCCUCCUCCCUCCUCCCUCUCCUUCUUCCUCGGGUCAUGAAGACCCUAUCAACACCGAGCCUUCCCGUGAAAGCUCGUUUCGCCAGAACCCGGCGAAAUCUGACGGAGGGGAGAGCCAUUACGGCUCUCACUAUCAUCUUCGCCCCGCUUCAGUUCUUGAGAGAGAUCCCAUCAGCUCUCUCAGUAGUGAGUCUAGCAGACCCAGCCGCCUGAAUCGACUGGACCCGGCCAGAGCAAAAGAGGCCUUCAACGCAAUGGCAGCUCGGCUCAGCCUCCGGCUGAGAAUCCCCGCUGAAGAGCCUACGACUGCUGAAGUCAUCCAAGAGAACGUCGGCGCUGGCAACUCCUCCCAGCGCCGACACCGGUCCCUUGGAAGACUUCGCCCGGUAAAAUCGAUCAUGGUGUUGGCAAAGGCCUCCCAGGUGGCACCGGCGCCCUCUCCAAAGCUGCGCCGAACCAAGACGUUUGCGGACCUCCUCCGUCGUCCCGAGCCGAUGACUUCGCUCCGCGGCAUCGAGGUCGAGAGGCUCGCUUAUCUUGGAGGGGAGGAUUUCGUCUGGUUGCCUUCCAGUUGUGCACCAUGCCCAGUACAGCUGCCUAAUUGCAUUGCUAAAUCAAUUAGGUAUUUGCGGAAAAUUGGUGAGUGCCCUUUUCGUCUGAUCUUCCUUUUCAUCCCAUGCAACGGUACCUAUGGGGGCGAUCUCUUCGUUGAGCCCGGCAACCUCAAGAAAGCGAUUCGCCUGUACGACUACUUCGCGCACCAUGUGCUGUCUGCUGCCAACGAUGAGCACGGAAUCGCAGUGAACAUGCGUGUGGUUACCAUGCCGACCUGGGCAAAGGCUGAGAAACUGCCAGCACGCAGUGUUGGCUGGACCAUGAAAGCCUUACUGGCUGGACUGCCUGGAGGGAUCCUUGGGUCUACUGAGCUGUACAACACCUUGAAGGAGAUUUAUCAUCUCCAGGGCGCCGCCGCUGAGGCUUUUCCAAGGGCGAUCCGUUGUCGGCUCAUCUCUCUCGCCAUCGUGGCUUCUACCAGGGAAAUGCAGUGUGCCCUGAUCUGCGCCAUCUUCGGGCUUCUCACUGAACUGCUUGAAGAUACCCCCGGGUACCCGCUCCGGGAGGUGGCAAGUACCUCGCGGGCUGAUGGACUGGCGUGGGCAUUUGGACCGCUGUUGACCGGAACCGAGAAAGGAACCGGAACUGGGAUGGAAGCUACUGAGCGGGAUCGCGAAGAUGUGCAGGUCAAAGGGGCCGCCCAGGUGAAGCGGGAGAUCGAGGCGGAACGCGUGGCGGGGAUGCUCCUUGACCUCUGGCCGGAUAUCAGCUACAACCUCAAGGGGGUGGGCCAAAAUCUACACCACACAUCUUGCCGAAUAUGA